AUGAAUAACCAAGAGGCUGAUGUUCUACGGUGCUGGAGAUGUAGAAAAUACGUAGCAAGUUCUGUUUGCCUUGCAAAAUGUAAUGGAAAAGAACCACCUGAAACAUCACAACUAUCAGCUGCUGCUCAGGAGUCUUGCAACGUAUGGCAUGUGAACUUGGAAGCCAUUCCAGAGUGGGUGAAAUGUGUCAUUGAAAAGGCACAGUGGACAAUUGGAAAGCUGCACUGUCCAUUCUGUGAGGCCUGCUUAGGGGGCUUUAACUUUGUUUGCAACAAAAAAUGUUCCUGUGGACAGUUAGUAAAUAUACAUUUCUGCAAAACUCGGACUGACUAUCAGCCAUCUUUCUCUCUUAACUUGCCAAAAUCAUCAGGAAAACACUUGCCACUCCUCAAAAUUCAGUCUGCUUUUAGCAAGGAUACCUGCCAUGAAGUGGUAACUGCAACUUUGGAAAUCAAAAAUCAAGGGCUUUCCUACAUGGCCAGAAAUUGUAAUGGUACUGGAAGAUUAACAGAAGCUCUUUGUCUAGAAGUAAGAGCUCCCAGAUAUGAGAUGAAAAGUAAAAGACUUCCCUUAAAGGCAUUAAGUAAAAAAAAAAGCCUGUCUUCUUGUCUCAUGAAUGAUGCAUGCACUGUGAAACCUUUUCACAGAAGAUCAUGUAGUUUGGAUUUAAAUAUCAGAGAGAGACUUGUUUUGUCACCUGUGUUAUAUGAAACUUGCAGUAUGGGAACAAUUCACCAUGGCCAAAAUGAAAAUCCAUCUGUUUACACACCAAGUGUCUUGCAGUUAGAGUCCAAUAGAAAAGAUGGUAGUUCCUUUCAAGACCUGUAUAGUUCCAGUGCUGACAAACUACAAAACCAAUUUCAAGUUACUUCCUUUACCACAUUACUGCACAGAGAAACAGAAAGCGACUGUGAUCUCGAAGCUACUGGACAAUCUCCUGGGAGUGUCACUGCUGAUGGGUCACCAUUUGUGAUGAACAUUUCUUCACCUACAAGGGCUGUAGAAGGCAAACAGUACAUCACACCUGCUGGACUUGUGCAGCCUACGAGUGUUUCCAUUGACCAAAAGCUGAGUAAGAGAGAAAGAAACAAGUUGAAAAGCUUGAGAAGAAAACACAGAAGAAGAGAACGAUGGCUGCAGAAGCAG